GGUUCCAGCGACCUGCGAAGCUCCGAGCUAGAGGAACAAAACCACAUGGCACCGACUUUCUACCACUAUCCUCCGGUGCCCAUGGAGAAGACGUGGGAGGGACAGGGACCGGGCAUCCGCCGGCGGUGGCUGAUGGCCGCGGUCCUGACGGUCCUGAUCGUUACGGUCUUGGUCACCCUGCUCAUCUACUUCGCCGUCAGGGCAAACAGCGAGAUCUGCAGGGACGGGCUGCGGGCUCAGCAUGAGUGUCGCAACACCACGCACCUUCUGCAGCGCCAGCUCACCCGUGCCCAGGAGAACCUGCUGCAGGCAGAGACGCAGGCAAACACCUGCAACCGGACCGUGGUGACCCUUCAGGAUUCUCUGGAGAAGAAGGAAUCCCAGGUCCUGGAGCAGCAGGCCCACAUCCAGGAGCUUGAGAGCGAGAUCAUGAAGUUGAACCUGGAGCUGGCGACACUGAGGACCAAGGAGGAAGCUUCUAGGACAGCACAGAACUCUGCCAGCUCCAUGGUGGUUUCCAGCCUACUGAUGUUCGCAGUGCCAGUGUUCCUACUUUUUUGAGGACCCAAUAGCUGGCAGACCACAGCCCGUUUUGAUGAAGAUGCGGUUGCACCUGUUUGAGGUCGUUGGGGGUCCUGGUGGCUCUGGAGGUCAUGGCAGCCCCAAGGAUGUAGAAGCCACUGAGUGGAGCCUAGAUUGCACCUCCCUCCCUCCUUCCCUCCCUCCCUCCCUCCCUGUCUCCCUCCCUCCUUCCUUCCUUACCGGGGAGAGUGGAAGGGGCACCUCCAUUUUUGCUUUUAUGGUUAUUGGGGAAGGGGUUCACUUAUUUCUGAUGUCUUUAAGCUUUGAAAAAUAAAGUAAUUUGGAAAUAAA